ACUCAGUGGACACCGCAAAUGGCCAUUGUUGCUGGAGAAACUAACUUGAGAUUCACAGAUAGAGAUUCGUCCCACUGUAGGAUUCUUGUUAUAAAGGAAUACCAAUCUGAUGGUCGAUAUAUCGAAUUUGAAAGCGAUGAAGUGCCUAAGGGAGAUGGCGUGCUCAUACCUAAAAUGUUUGGAGCAUACGUCGACUACCUUACCAUCACAGAGAAACGGUUUAUCUUUUUGAUUAAAUUCAUUUGA